UUUAAGGGACACAGUGCGUCUUCUCUGAAGCGAUGGCCACAAUAAUCUUGUGCUCCUCUUAGCUUUCCUUCUCAGGCAGACCCACUUGCUUGAAUCACGACAAAACUCGCCUCCAUAAACCCUUAUAUAUCCCUUAUCUCCGACGAGUUCAAGCUGGGUAGAUUAAGUUGUCUUAUAAUGGCCAUGGGGGUUUCUCUUACCUCCCACAAUAACCCUCUUCUUCGCCGCCACUUUUCUCCUUCCUCUUCCUUGCUUUCUCGUUCCUCUCGCUUCUCUUCUUCUUCGCCGGUUCCUUCCUUCCUCCUCCCUCGCCGUACAACCCUUCAAAUCGAGAGAGUAGCUUCCACUGAGGGAAAUGUUGGUUACUCGACUACUACAGUUUGUCAGGGAUUUCAACAUUCGGGUCAGCAACGCUCAUCUUCUGUUGUUUUCAAUGGGGAAUGGGAACUUCGAUCAGAAUCUAACAGGGUAAGAAUGGUUCCAAAGAUUAUCAAGGUGGGAAGCCAGUCGGAUGUAGCUGAGACUCAUCGAGUCCCUGAGAGUGUUAGUGCUUGGAGGGAAAAUGAGCUGAGCCUAGAACAAAGCAGGUUAAAACCCGUUACUCAAAAGCAAAAUGAGCUUAGAAUGGUUCCAGAGAUUACCAAGGUGGGAAACCAAUCGGAAGUAGCUGAAACUCAUCGAGUUCCUGGUGGUGUUAGUGCUUGGAGAGAAGAAGCGAAGAAGGUUAGGGAAAGAAAUUGUCAAAUUGCUAGAAACCUCGAUGACAGUUGUUAUCUCAACGGCUCUGUCCCAGUUAUAUCUAAUGCUCCGACUAUUGAAACCUCUCAGAAGAUUGAUUCUGGUUUCAAUCCCAGAGGUAGCGGUACUGCUGCUACACUCAAUACAGAAUCGAUUGACGUUACGCCAUCNGUAAUAAAGCGGUAG